CAGAAAAGAACUAAUAAAAUCUUUGAAAGGUAUUGUACAAGUACCUUUCAAACACAAUGUUGGUUUUUUCAUAGUUUAGAAAACCACUUUGCUGCUGGUGCUUUAUAUUGCAUUACAGUACAUCACUCGUAUUUUUAUCUAUUAGUUCUGUGGGGGAGGGGGGGUUCUCUCUUGGUAAUUGAAUAAAUAAGAAUAACGUCAAGUGACCUUUACAGUUCUCCCACAAGUCUGCAAAUGUUUGCACAGCCGCCCUGGCAACCUCACUUGGGUGGCAUUGUUUGAAUGGGGGAGGCUUUCAAUAGGCUCAACACACCUUCCUCUCCAACUUUUUUUUCGCGUCCACAUUUUUAUCUGCACUCGCCUCUCAUGAAUGUCGUGCAGGAAAUCCGGCGAAUCAACGAAACAGAGUCGCGUCUCGGGACCACAGCGUCCUGGCAUGACGAGUACAAAGACAGCGCAUACAUCUUCAUCGGCGGGCUCCCGUUCGGGCUAACCGAGGGCGACGUCAUCUGCGUUUUCUCGCAGUUCGGAUACGGGAAAUCCAAAGGAUACGGGUUCCUCCAGUCGACUGUUCUUGCCGUGGACAACCUCAAUGGCGCCAAGGUGCUGGACAGGGUCUUGCGCGUCGAUCAUCGACACCGCUGCGCGUCAGCAGACAAGGAUUAA